CAUAAGAAGCUUUUAAGGCAACCAAAUGCCUGUGCAACAUUUCUGCACAACAUUGCAAGCUGCUGCACAGUCCUUGCCUUAAGGAGCAGCUUAGUUCUUCAAGGUAAGUGAGAACCAGACUAUACCAUAUACAGAUUAUUUUUUCUUGUGUGUGCAUUGGGCUAUCUGCUGUGUGUCUCCGAUGUACACGCUUUAUGAUGCUGCCUGUAUAAUUUCAAUGAGGUGCAAUCUAGAGUUGUAAGGAUUUAGACCUACAGUCUAAACUGCAAAUGAAACCAGUUUAACUGAAGAACUUGGGUGGAAAUUAAAUGCGUCUUAUCUUAUCGAGUUAAACUUACUCAAUGGGUUAAGGCUUUCAAUGGUUCUCAGAAUGCUGAUUACUUUACUGAAGUAUGGCAUCCAUUUAUAACCUCCUCAAAUGAAAACAAUGUCAUCUUGGACCCACCGCAUACACUUGGUUGGUUAUGGAGCAAUGAGCUUCAUGGUUGAAGCUGUCUUGUCCUAACUGAACGGGGAGGGGGUAAUUUGUUAUUAUUGAGUGGAUUUAAUUUUGUAGCAUGCAUUUACAAAAACAACAGAUAUUUCUGUGUCAAAAAUAUAACUGAAAUUGAACUUAAACAAUAUACUAGGAGAAGGAAAGAUCGAGGAACUAUAAUAUGCUGCCUUCAUAGAUACUGUAAUUGACCAAAUCCACCCUUAAUUUCAUAUAGAUGUAAUAGGUCACAUACACAGCAAUCGUUGACUAACUCUGUGCAGUAAGACAUGCACGAAGAUUUAUUCUCUCCAAUAUUUUCCUGUUGUGCCUAAAAGCAGAGUAAUAGUAGGUGUACAAUACUAUUGCAUUUCUAGUCAGCGCCACACAAGCUGUGCAGACGAUGUUUUUGAGUGUCCUUUCCUCUGCACACUCUUCCUAUGCAGAGAUCCAUUAUCUCUAGGAAGAGUAGCUGUAGGCAAUGGGUGUGAAUAGCUGGGCAACAUCCCUCUAACUGUAAAAAAGGGGGGGAAUGUUAUAAAGAAAUAGUUUAAUAACCUGAAACUCCAAAAUAAAAAGAGCAGAACUUCUCUGCUGUUAUUCAGAAAGUUGUCAGGAACAUUUUGUAAUUCUCCUCCCCCUCACCCCCGCCACCAAGAAACCCCCAUUGCUGUUUGGUUCUGUGCCUUUCUUAAAUAGAAUAAAUAACCUCUCUUCUGUUUCCCUGAAACCACUGCCAUUUUCUCUCUUAACUAACAGCCUUCCAACUUAUACUUGAAGCAUAAUGUUCAACUGUUUCCUAAGCCCUGUAAACAUCUGUAGGAUGAAAGAGAACAAACAAUCCGUUAUGUAUUCUCUGAUGUCAAACUUUGUGGCACUUCUUGUUUCUUGCCAUUUGUAUAUUAACAUAAGCUGUGAUCAGAAUGAUCACCUAAAUUUCUAUUUAAAGAUGAACAUGGAAGGAUUUUGGCUAUUGAGAUACAAUAUCAAGGAGAGAAACUGCUGAUAUUAGGAAUUUAUGCGCCUAAUGAAGGGAAAUCGGAAUUCUACAAGAAGUUGCAGGGGACAAUGCUGGAUCAUCUGGAUUACAACAACAUCAUAAUGAUGGGAGACAUGAACGGGUCGUGUCAACUAACAUGGACAAGUCGCAAAGUCAAAACAUCACAAAAGAUGGCAGACUACCUAAAACCUUUUUGAAAUGACUGACAAUAUGGACUUGAUCGACAUUUGGAGAACAAAAAACCCACUAGGUAGAGAAGGAACAUUCUUUUCUGAAGCCCAACUGACUUGGACAAGAAUCGACCAAAUAUGGAUCUCUAGAGGCCUGGCACCUAGGGUUAGAAAAGUGGAAAUCUGCCCAAAGACCUGUUCUGACCACAAUGCAGUAAAGAUGGAUAUGACACUACUACCAACUGGAUCCUUUAGAUGGAAGAUGAAUGACAAUUUGUUUAGAGAUCAGGAAAUUACCAAGAAGGCCCAAAAAGUUUUGAAAGAUUAUUUUGAGAUAAAUAUGAACAAUUCGGUGGAAAAAGAAUCGUCUGGGACGCAAGCAAAGCUGUCAUGAGGGGAUUCCUGAUACAACAGAAUGUAGUAAAGAAAAAAACACAAAAUGAGAAAAAAGACAAGAUUUUGGAUAAAAUAAAAGAAUUAGAGAAGAAAUUAAGAGUGAAUCCAAAGUCACAGCCAACUCUGAGAGAAAUUAAACUGUAUCAAACACAGUAUUCUAAAUUGAUAAAUCAGGAAAUUGAAUGGACGAUCAUAUUAAUGAAAGCACCAGCGUGUGAGUCGGCGAAUAAAUGUGGAAAACUGCUAUCCUGGCAGUUGAAGAGAAGACAAAGAUUAAACACGGUUACAAAUUUAGAGGUUGAUGGAAGAAACAUUCAGAAUCCAGUGGACAUUAGAAAGUGUUUCCAGAGAUAUUUUAAAAAUUAUAUACCCAAGGGCCGCAAGACGAAGUUGAGAUUAAACAAUUUUUGCCAAAAAUGGAUUAUCUAAACUGUCACAAGAAAAUAGGACAAUCCUGAACUCUAAAAUAACACGACAGGAGAUUGAACAAGCUAUUCAGAACAUGCAACUUGGCAAAUCUCCAGGGCCAGACGGGCUGACCUCCAAGUAUUACAAGACACUAAAAGACUAUUUGAUACAACCUUUGAUGGAGGUUAGCAAUGAAAUUAUGGAGGGGAGAGGGCACCGGAUUCGUGGAAGGAAGCGUUUAUCACAUUGAUACCAAAGUCAGAAACUGAAAAGACACAACUGAAGAACUACCGUCCCAUCUCCCUUUUAAAUGUGGAUUACAAAAUAUUUGCAGAUAUUUUGGCAAGUAGAUUUAAAAAGUUUUAAAUGAAGUAAUUCAUAAGGACCAGGCCGGUUUUCUCCCAGGUAGACAUUUGUUUGCUAACACAAGGAACAUCAUUGAUAUUUUGGAACUUCUCCAAACUGACAUAAAUACAAAAGCUGUUUUAAUUUUUAUAGAUGCGGAGAAGGCCUUUGAUAAUAUUUCUUGGAAAUUUAUGAUGGGAAACUUAAAAGAGAUGGGAGUGGGACGGGGUUUUGAGAAUGGGAUUGAGGCGAUAUAUUCAGAACAGAAAGCAAAACUGAUAGUUAAUAAUGUGGUUACAGAAGAGUUCAAAAUUGAAAAAGGGACACGACAAGGUUGCCCUAUUUCCCCUUUGUUAUUUAUUUCGGUCCUGGAGGUGCUAUUGAACAUGAUCAGAGGGGACCAGCUGGUGGAAGGAAUUCAGGUUGGUCAGAAACAAUAUAAAUUAAAAGCUUUUGCAGAUGACCUGGUUUUGACCUUGCAGAAGCCAGAGCCUAGUACGAAAAGAGUAUUACAAUUGAUUAAUGAUUUUGGUCGGGUGGCGGGAUUUAAAUUAAACAAACAGAAAACUAAGGUUUUGGGGAAAAAUCUGACUGAGACAGAGUCAGAACGGUUUCAGAAUGAGACGGAACUUAAUGUGGUUAAAAAGUAAAAUACCUAGGGGUAAACAUAACAGCAAAAAAUCUAAGUCUAUUUAAGGAUAAUUAUGAAAAAUGUUGGACAGAAAUUAAGAGAGACUUAGACAGUUGGUCAAAAUUGAAACUUUCUUUGUUAGGCCGAAUUGCUGCGAUUAAGAUGAAUGUAUUGCCAAGAAUGUUGUUUUUAUUUCAAACACUGCAGGUAUUGGACAAAAUGGGGUGCUUUCAGAAGUGGCAGAGAGACAUUUCGAAGUUUGUCUGGCAGGGCAAAAAGCCCAGAAUUAAGUUUAAGAUACUAACCGAUGCAAAACAAAGAGGGGCUUUGCCCUGCCGGACUUAAAGUUGUACUAUGAAGCCGCAGCGUUCUGCUGGCUAAAAGACUGGCUACUUCUUGAAGACACUGAUGUGUUAGAUUUGGAGGGGUUUAACAAUGUUUUUGGAUGGCAUGCAUAUUUAUGGUAUGACAAAGUUAAAGCAAAUAAGGCCUUUAAGAACCAUAUUGUUAGAAAAUCACUGUUUAAUGUCUGGACAAAAUAUAAAGACUUGCUGGAAAAUAAAACACCAAGGUGGCUUUCACCUUUGGAAGCUAAGGCCCGAAAAGACCCAAUAUGGAGGCCAAAUGGCCAAAAUAUUGGGAAAUACUAGAAAAGAUGGAGACAAUUGGAAAUUGCAGAGCUUGGAGAAAAUGAAAGACAAAGUGCGAGAUUGGUUACACUAUGCUCAGAUUAAAGAAGUUUUUAAAAGUGAUAAGAAACUAGGGUUCCAGGUGGAGAAAUCGAAAUUAGAAACAGAAUUGUUAGAACCAAAGACUAAGAUACUUUCAAGGAUGUAUAACUUGCUGUUGGAAUGGAAUACACAAGAUGAAAUGGUUAAAUCGGCUAUGAUAAGGUGGGCACAGGAUAUUGGGUAUAAUAUUAUGUUUGAGGACUGGGAAAGGCUGUGGAGUAAUGGAUUGAAAUUUACUGCAUGUAAUGCUUUGAAAGAAAAUGUAAUGAAAAUGAUUUAUAGAUGGUAUAUGACCCCAGUCAAACUCGCAAAAAUUUACCACCUGUCUGAUAACAAGUGCUGGAAAUGCAAAGAGUGUGAAGGAACGUUCUUUCACCUCUGGUGGACAUGCCCUAAAGUGAAGGCGUUCUGGGAAAUGAUUUAUAAUGAAUUGAAAAAGGUAUUUAAAUAUACUUUCACUAAGAAACCAGAGGCUUUCCUUUUGGGUAUUGUCAGCCAAGGGGUGGCAAAGAAGGACCAGACAUUUUUAUGUACGCAACAACAGCAGCAAGGAUACUACUCGCAAAACAUUGGAAAACCCAAGAUCUACCCACACUGGAAGAAUGGCAGAUGCAACUGAUAGACUAUAUGCAACUGGCUGAAAUGACUGGCAGAAUCCGUGACCUGGGAGAAGAGAGAAUCGAGGAGGAUUGGAAGAAAUUUAAGAACUACCUACAAAAACAUUGUGAUUUGAUUGAAUGCUGAAUAAGAUGCUGGACUAAAUAACUGAGCACCACUUAACUUAGAAAUUUUUAAGGAAACAAGAAAAAUUGUGAAAGUUUAACUCUUUAUGAGAACUUUAAGAUUAUGAAAUAUCGAAGAGAUAUAAGAAUUUAAAUAAGAUGAUAAAUUGCUGACAAAAUGUUAUAAUGAUGAAGGUGGGAGCGGGAGAUGUGAGGAAGUCCAAAGAAAAUGUGAAAAUAUGUUAAGACGAAUGCUAUAUUGUUUAUUACAUUUAUUCUUAUUGUAAAACCCAAUAAACUGCUUUAAAAAAAAAAAAAAAAAAAAAAAAAUAUCAGAAUGAGAAAGAAAAGUAAGUAUGUGGGUAGGUAUUCUCAGAUAAUAUGCAGCCUACUCGCCUCCGACAUUACUUUCCUCGGCUUUUUCUACUUUCCUUUUUUCUAGAUCCAUAGAACCUUUCAGGGCAAGGGCUGUAGUUCAGUGAUAGAGCACAUGCUUUGCCAUGCUAAACUUCUAUGAUUUUCCUUUUUAAGGGGGCUGCAAAUGCUUCCCCCCUCCCAGAAUCAAAUGAGCACUAAACUUGUGCUCCAUUACAUUCCAUUAGUUUUCAAAAAGUGGCUUGUGAAAGCUCAAAUUUAAUGUGCAAAAUAACAAGGAAAUGUCAGGAAAUCAGAAUCAGCUGCAGUAUGAAUGCAGGCAAAGCUUCACAAACCCCAUCCCACUCUGGAAUUAGCGUGCAUUUAAUGACCUAGAAUUUAUCCCAAUCUGGCUGAUGUUUCUUAUCUCCCUAGUAGCUGGUAAUGGUUCCAGUUGUACUUUACACACUUAUGUCACUUGCUGUUUGCUUCUGUUAUACCAUUUCCUUACCUGCCACAUUGUGCUUCAUGCUAGCUCUUUCUCUUUUCCAGUUCUAGAGGAUGUUAUCAGAAGGGUACCUCUGUAUAAUUCCUUAUCAUGAUCUCAUGAAUUACAAAAUCGCUUGCAACCAAGGAGAAGAGACAGUACAUGAGAUGAGGUCUUUGAAUGGCAUCACCUAUGAAUCAACAGAGGAAACACAGGACAGAAAUCUCUUUUGGAGAUGUAAGUCUGUUGGCAAGUUCAUCUUCUCUGUUUGUUCCAAUGAAAACAGAAACAAUAGAAGGCAGAUGGAUACACAGACUCCAAAUCCAGUAUUGGAAAGGCAAAUAUCUCCAGCUGUGGAAAUCUGUACAGGACCUGCUAUCAACAGAGACACUUACCUAGUUCCACCUUCUUGUAAAAGCAUUUGCAAGAAUUACAAUGACCUGCAUAUUGCUGGUGACCAGGUACUGCCUAUGAGUUCAGUUAAAACAGAUUUUACCUAUGACAGUGGGAUAGGUCCAUUCCUGGAGUCAUCAGAGAUCCCACCACCAAUGGAAUCCAUAUCAAUGCCACCUGCUGAGGUCCCUCGCAAGCCAACCAAUAGGUAUUCUUCAUGCUGGAGAGUGGCCAGCAUCAUGCAACACCAGCAACCCCUCUCAAAUUCACUACUGAAUAACUACUUGGAGGAGAAGGUGGUGGAGCUGUACAAGCAGUAUAUCAUGGAUGGCAUGGGUAGCAGUUCAUCCCCUACUCAGAUCUUGGCAUCAGAAUUCAUAAUGACCAAUGUAGAUCAAAUCAGCAUGAAGCUAUCACAAGAAAGGAACAUGAAGACCACCCAAGCCAAGGAUAUGGUUAUUAACUGCCUAUUGCGACUAGCCAGUGGGAAAAUCUCCACUGAAAUGAGCACUCCUAGUCUUCACAUUUCCCAGUUUAGCACUGUGACUAAAUAAAUAAAGCCUGCACCUAGACAUUUCUGAGUCACCUUUGUUAAAAGUCAGUUUCGUUUCAGUAAGGUGAAGUCCCUUGGAUAUGGUCAGAGCACCAAAUACUAACUAUUAUAUAGGCGAACUCCUGGAAGAAGGCUUGGUUUGUAAACCAUACAGAAACCUUAGAUGCCUCCCCCUCCCCAAUGUAAAUGAUUCAUGCUUCCUUCCAAUAAUCCUACUUCCACAUUUCCACAUUUUAUUAACCCAAAUGUGGUUGUUGUCCCAUUGCAUCACACUGUUUUGUAUCCUAAUGAGAAGGAACAUUGGCCCUGUUGCCUUGGCAAUGGGGACCAUUUUGUGUCCACCUCCCCUCACCAAGCAGCAGCAGGUUGGAGGAAUAGUGGCUUCAAACAGGCAUGAAGAAGAGAGUUGUUUCCCCAUUGGAAGAUUUUGCAAUUAAAAAUUAAACCUCAUGGGAAUUCAGCACAGUACUAAUUCUAAAUAUCCCUUUCAGUGUAUAAUUAUUUUCCUCCCUUCACAAUACCUUGAGCCUCCAAGUGCAUUUCUACCCCCUUCUUGGUUUUAAUGUAUCUAUGUGGUAUUUUUGUCUGUCUGCUUGGGUGGCUUUGGUUUGCCCUGGGCAAUAUAAAAUGACUAACAAAUUUAAUAAACCAACCAACAAACAAAUAAACCAUUGUGUAGAUGACUGUGUGUCUGCCCAGGUGGUAUAGGACUGCAUGACACCUUUAUCCCAGUGCCUACUCUGUCCUUGCUUCUCCCAUCACACUUUGAGAACUCCAGAAAUUGCCAGAGGGUCCUACAGAGCAUCUGUGGACCCUGAUUGCUUGAACUCCUGAUUCUGCCUGAGACAGCUUUUCCAAAAAUGAUGGCAUUCCCUUGCCCACUCUCUUGUUUACAUUCCUAUUACUUGUAUUCUCUCCCCCUGUUUCCCUGUGGAAUUCCUGGUCCCUCGUGUUCCUUAGCCACUCUUCCUUAUUGCAACUAAAGCGAACAUAUGUCUAAUUGAAAUGACCACAUAUUGUCCCCUUGCCUCCCUACCUCUACCUCCUUUUCUCUUCCAUUUUAGACCAUAAGCUCUCCCCACCCCACUGUGUCAUAUCUGAUGAUAAGGACUGGUGGUAACUGGUUUGACUUGACUUGAAACUUUGCAUUGCACAGGGUAUCAAUUGUCAUAGGUCUUUGCCACUUGAACAAAAAGAGAAACUUGAUUAGUUUUCAUUUUUUAUUAUGUCAUCAACAAAUAAACUCUUAUCACUAGUGGUCCAGUGAAUGGAAUGAAAAUGUGGUUGCGUUGAAGCUCAGAUAGUUAUG